CUAACACGUCUGCUUGGAGAUUAGACGGACGCAACGUGAAGCCAGGAUUCGAACUCGUGACCACUCGAUCCCACGUCCGCUAGCCUACUGUACCGGUGUAAACAUCUCUAUCUUUUGGCUGCUGACCAAAUAUUUUUGCGUCCCUUGUAAAAAGUCAACAAACCUCCUGUUAGAUAACUUAUUUCAUCACUAAAACCAUCUGACGAAAUAACACCGGUCCAAAGUUUACUGUGCCGCUCGUCUCAGACUGUCACUGGCAGCACAAACUGUCGCGAUGCGUUCGACUCACACUCGAGCCGUGCUGUGCUCUCUGCUGGUCUACACAGCAGUUUUUACCGUGGGUGGCCUUGCGUACAAGCUUCAAGAAGACGCUCCCGUCGUCCAAACUCAAUAUGGGCCCGUGAAAGGAAUGUACGUAGAGGAGGGAGCCAUCUUCUUUGGUCUCCCCUUCGCGGCCCCUCCCACCGGUAACCUGCGAUGGAAACCGCCGGUGCCUUUCGACACCGCCUGGUCUCCGGAAACCUACGACGGGACCAUACCGAGACCGGGCUGCCUCCAGCCCGGUUGCAAUCCCAAUCAUCCUGAAGACCCACGACACAAGUGUCCACGCGGGCUGAAGAUCAGUGAAGACUGUCUGUAUCUUAACGUCUUCGCGCCUCGGACGGCUCUAAACGCCACAGCGCGCCUCCCCGUCAUGUUUUGGCUCUAUGGUGGCGAGUACUACUCGGGAUCGGGCUCCGCUGUUCUCUACGACGGCAGAUUCUUGGCGAACAAGACCGACACGAUCGUCGUCACGACCAACUACAGGAUGGGAGCGCCCGGCUUUCUUGUGGCCGGAGACGGGGAAGACGCGGCGAAGGGGAACUACGGCAUCUUGGAUCAGUUGUCGGCGCUAAAAUGGGUGAGGGACAACAUAGAGAACUUCGGAGGGGACAAAAACCGGGUCACAACGUUCGGACAGAGCGCGGGGUCGGCUUCGAUUGGCGUCCAUCUCACCUACAACAAGACUUCCGAGCUGUUCCAGAGGAGCAUCAUGAUGAGCGUGCCGUUCGGCAUUCCCUUCAGAGCUCGCUGGGAGGCGGUUUCACUGGGGAACCACUUCGCCGAGCUGCUGAACUGUUCCCAUGGCGACAUGACGUGUCUUCGGUCGGCGAGCUCCAAGCAGAUCCUCAAGGCGCAGCGUCUGUGUAAGAAAUUCACAGUCAACCCGCUUUCCCCCCUAGAGAUGUUCAUCCCCUGGGGUCCGACUAUAGACGGCGACAUCAUCCAAGAGCAACUCAUCGACAGUUUCGCGAAGGGACACUUGCAAAGAAAGCCGUUCAUUAUGGGAACUGUCAUGGAAGAAGCCCGUCUUUACAUCUACGGCAGCUGGGAAACGCCGAUGUCCAGGGCUGUGUACAGCGGGGUUAUCCUCGGCAUCUUCCGCGAGAAGACGCUGUCUGUUCUUCGAGAGUACCCGCCUGCAUCCUCCGCGGACCAGCGUGACAACCUCGCGAUGGCCGCCACGGACUUUCUCCUGACGUGUCCGACGCGGAACGCCAUCAGGGGCGCCGCCGCGUCGGGGAACAGCGACGUCUGGCUCUACGUGUUCGACCACGUCUGGUCCUUUCAGGGCAUCUGGAAGGGUGAAGACUCUUGCGAAGGGCACUGCUGCCAUGGAGAGGACCUACCCUUCACGUUCCAGAUUGAGAGCCUGGUGGGCCAGAACAUGACAGCUGACGAGCAGGUCAUGGCGGACUCCAUCGCGCGCCACUACGGGAACUUCGCGCACACCGGUGAUCCUAACAAACCCGGGCGGGGCGCCCACGUCCCAGGCACCGCCGGAUCCGGAGGAGACGCCGUCAACUGGCCGAGGUACAACGAAGAAGGCGGAUUCACCAACUUAAGGAUCAGCACUCCCAAGAACGAGUUGGUGCAGGAGUAUAGGAAAGAUCGGUGUGAUUUCUGGGAUAGACUCAAUGAUUAUCCCUAAGCAGCUUAUUUGUUUGGACCUUUGAGAAUAUCAGAUUUUAAUACAAAUUUUGUUAUUAUAAGUCCGCUGUAAUUUGCCUAAGCCAAUGAUUUUGAGUGUAAAAGUAUACAAUUCAGCCUGUGGCUGCUAUAUACUUUUUGUCUGAUCAUAUUGAUCGAAUAAACCCUUCCUUCCUUCCUUCCUUCCUUCCUUCCUUACUUACAUACUUCCUU